AAAUUACCAUAUCCAGCAAUUCUCAUUUGGUUUCUCUCUCCCAAUUUACACUCGAGACAACCUCAACCUCGCCAAGGGAGAGAGAAGAAAAGAACCUGUUCUUCCACAGGAAGGUGUUUGGUUUUGUUCCGAGUUCACCCAUUGGAUCGAUCCAUGACCACCAUCCCCAUCUUCCUUCUCCUCUUCUCUUUUUACUCCUCCUCUUUUUCCUGAGCAAAAUUUUCCGGGAUAGUGAGGGAAAAACAAGAGAGAAACAAACGGGAUUGGAGAGGGCACGGGAAGAAGAUUGAGAAAGGGGGAAGUACCCAGGUAAUUAAAUUGGUUGAAGAUUCUGUUUUGAUCAGUGGUUGUUUGUUUCCUUAGUGGGUUUUGGUGAAUCAAUGGAGAUGGACAGCAUUGACUGUGUGUCAUUUUCUGAUGGCAUGGAUGAGGAUGAGAUCCAACACCACACUCUGCAUCCUCAUAACCACUCUGAGUUUUCCUCUAACAAGCCUCGUAAUGGAGGUGCUAAUAGCAAUAAUGUUAUGGGAGCCACCGCCAUUUCUCCUGCAACCAGCGUUCAUGAGCUGCUUGAAUGCCCUGUUUGCACAAAUUCAAUGUACCCCCCUAUUCACCAGUGUCACAAUGGACACACAUUGUGUUCCACUUGUAAAACAAGGGUGCACAAUCGAUGUCCCACUUGUAGACAAGAGCUUGGGGAUAUUAGGUGUCUAGCACUGGAGAAGGUGGCUGAAUCACUUGAGUUACCUUGCAAGUACUAUUCCCUUGGAUGUCCCGAAAUCUUUCCAUAUUACAGCAAGCUUAAGCACGAGACUGUAUGCAAUUUUAGACCAUACAAUUGUCCUUAUGCUGGAUCAGAGUGCUCUGUUGUUGGAGACAUUCCCUUCCUUGUUGCACAUUUGAGGGAUGAUCAUAAGGUGGACAUGCACACAGGUUGCACAUUCAACCAUCGUUAUGUGAAAUCCAAUCCUCGUGAAGUAGAGAAUGCAACUUGGAUGCUAACCGUAUUUCAUUGUUUUGGGCAAUACUUCUGCCUUCACUUCGAAGCUUUCCAGCUUGGCAUGGCUCCUGUUUACAUGGCAUUCCUUCGAUUUAUGGGUGAUGAGAACGAGGCUCGUAGCUACAGCUACAGCCUUGAGGUUGGGGCAAAUGGCAGGAAACUCAUUUGGGAGGGCACACCACGAAGUAUUCGCGAUAGCCACAGGAAAGUCAGGGAUAGCCACGACGGUCUCAUUAUUCAACGAAACAUGGCCUUAUUUUUCUCUGGAGGUGAUAAGAAAGAGCUCAAACUAAGAGUUACAGGAAGAAUAUGGAAGGAACAACAGAAUCCAGAUGCUGGGGUCUGCAUACCAAAUCUUUGCAACUAAUUCAAAUGCUUGUGUUGGGACAAUGGAGCUGUAUCAACCACACCAACUCCUUAUGAGUUUCCCCACUUUUGUAAUAAAACAUUAGAAUGUUUUGUUUCAAAUUUACUUAAUCAGAAUGAGACUGCAACCCAAAUUUGGUUCGUAUUUUCUGUGAGGUUCUCCUGACUUGAUAGAAAGUCUUUUGGUCUGAUAAUCGCGUUCGUUGCCAUCAAGGAAGUGCUUUCACAAGAGGUCACACAGUGAUAAAACAUAUUUUCAAGUUAUCUCAUCACAAAUUUGUAAAUUCUU